UAGCUUAGCUGAUAACAACAAGUACCAAAUUAAUUCCGGAGAAACCAAAACACCACCAAAAAUGGACAAAACGAAGAUCGGAAAAAGAUUCGCCGGCAAAGUUGCUCUCGUCACCGCCUCCACUCAGGGCAUCGGCUUCGCCAUCGCCGAGCGUCUCGGCCUCGAAGGCGCCUCCGUCGUCAUCUCCUCCCGCAAGCAAAACAAUGUAGAUGAAGCAGCUGAAAAGCUUAGGGCGCAAGGAAUUGAAGCUUUGGGAAUAGUCUGUCACGUAUCGAAUGAACAGCAAAGGAAGAACCUGAUAGAGAAGACUGUGAAGAAAUAUGGGAAGAUAGAUGUUGUAGUGUCAAAUGCUGCUGCCAAUCCAUCAGUUGAGAGGAUACUGCACACACAAGAAUCUGUGCUUGACAAGCUAUGGGAAAUAAAUGUCAAAGCUUCUAUACUUCUUCUCAAGGAGGUGGCUCCGUACUUAGAGAAAGGUUCUUCUGUAAUUCUCAUAUCCUCAAUUGCUGGAUUCCAACCGCCAGCUUCCAUGGCAAUGUAUGGUGUCACUAAGACGGCCCUAUUUGGGUUAACUAAGGCCCUUGCGGAUGAAAUGGCCCCUGAAACUCGUGUAAAUUGUAUUGCUCCUGGUUUUGUGCCUACAAACUUUGCUUCUUACAUCACAAGAAAUGCUGCUGUGAGGAAGGAGCUUGAGGAUAAGACGCUACUUAAAAAGCUUGGUAAAACUGAAGACAUGGCUGCUGCUGCUGCAUUUUUGGCAUCUGAUGAUGCAUCCUACAUUACAGGAGAGACUCUGGUGGUGGCUGGAGGGAUUCCGUCGAGGCUCUAGUAGACUAGUCUUCCCUCUUUAUCUAUGCUUUUGAAAGUUUCAUGAAUAAACGUUUAGUGUUGAACCUCAAUAAUAUUCACCAUUAGCAACAACAAGAAGUAAAAUAUAGCAU